AUGGAGAAGUCUUCUGCUACGGCGGACGGCGCCGCUGGUACUGCUUCCGCCGCCGCCGUCGCUGCCGCCCCGUCCAGCACCAAGACCAACAACACGACUGGGCCCAAUGGCCCGUCAUUACCACCGCCGAACACCUCUACGACCGAAAGCCAGACCUCGAAACAAUCAUCGGCUGCCAAUUCUGUUGCGCAUUCACCAGCCGCCUCCAGAGAUGGCUCGCCUUCUAGGCAACCGCGUGGAGCAACUUCGUCUACUAUGCAAACCGGGAGCAGGUCCCGUACGAAUAGCCAUCAAGAGACGAGCCCAACACGCCAACUAAGACAGGGUAGCCAAGAUCAGGGUGCACCGACCCGAACUUUGUCAUCCAUGACUACCCCAAACCUACGUCCCAGCAACAGGGAAACCCCGAUAUAUGCGCCAACACCACAGAAGCCAUCAGCCAUCCCGGACCUGAAGGAUAACCCGCGGUGGCCAGUAUCUCCACGACUACGAUCACCUCCGCCUCAACUAGGCCGACCUAGGGCGACAACUCCCACACGCCGCAAUGAACAAGAGGCUCCGGUGAUCAGUAUUCAACGGCCAAGUCCCUCGCCACACGUCUCCGAUACGCAAUCGCAAGUCUUGGACAGCGACACUGACGACUCUCACGCCCCUUCAGGUGUUCGAACUCCAGCUCGAGGGUUGUUAGAGACUGUCCAAGAAGUGAGCCAUAACAACUCACCUGCACGGCCUAGCGAUUCUGCCUUGCUGGAACAAGUCAAGGAGAAGCUUGGAGCCCCCGAAAACCACUCGGACGGUGCCCUUAGUGAUGGGGGCCGUACCUUGAAAUCGAAAAUGAGCACUGUUAAUGACCAGUAUGGAGCCGAGAGCGGCACUAUCAGAGCGGACUCGAGGAGACCAAGCUCAGUCCCCCCUCCGCCCUUGGUAUCCAGACAGUCUAGUGCCAUGUCGGGAAAGCAAACCAAAUCGAAGCCUGAAACGGGUUCUACUCAGAGCAUGACUGUCGAGACUGAGACAGUCUCAAGUAUUCCACAGGUAGCACUCACGACGGCUACGAAGGAAGGGGGCAAUGCAACGUUGAAAGCCAAGCCAAGCACGGAAACCAUUAAACCUAAGAAGGAAAAGAAGAGGACCGCCAGGAAGCAACCAGCAGUUAGUGCGGGUACAGCCUCUUCUAAAGCCGACAACUUCGAAGCUAAGAUAGCUAGUGCUGUUGAUGAGGCCAAUACUUCCGAUUCUGAGGAGACCUUUGUUUAUGAUUCGAAUCCGCCAGAUAAUACGGAAAGAACGAACCGCCGCUUUCACUCCCGGACGCCCAGUGCUACAUCCAUGGCUAGUCAAGUUGACCGACCAAAUCUGCGGUCCAUCUAUGGUAUAAUGGAAGGCACCAGCCACGGGCCUGUUGCCAAGAAGAGCAUGAAGUUUGUGAACACCUUUAAUGGCAAUGCUAGUGACAGCCUUACACCGGGGGAUGAAGACGGCAAGGGCAGUGGACGCAGUGCCGGGGGAUCUGCCAGAGGAACGGUGCGACAUCAUCACCACAUUGGUCGAUGGGGUCGACAGCCAGGCAACGGCCACGCUUCUUUAUUCGAUACCGAGUCUCCGUUCCCUAAUGCAGCCAAGUCAAAAUUUUCCUCAAGCAACAACCUCAACAACUCUCGCAAUACCUCCAAUCUUUCAAGCCCGAGGACAUUCCUUUCUACUCGCGGGCAUUUGAAUCCAAAACGCUCCACGAUGCAGAUGUCGUCGAAUUACGAUUUAGACGACACUACUGGCGCUGACGAUGAACGCACGCCGCUGCUUGGCACAGUACGUUCUUCACGAGGCGGGCGACGACGACCUCACACCCUUCGCCAAGCCGAGUCUCAGACUUAUACCAGGCGGUCAUCAUAUCUCAAUCGCUUCGCUGCGUGCCUUGUGUUGACAAUGAUGCUACUUUUAGUCAUUACAGGAGCCAUUGGGUUUAUGUUUGCCACUUCUCAACCCAUGACGGACAUCGAGAUUAUGUCAAUUAAGAAUGUUGUUACAAGCGAGCAAGUGUUGAUGUUCGAUUUAACUGUCAAAGCACACAAUCCCAAUAUUGUUGUGGUGACAAUCGACCACGCAAAUCUGGAGAUUUUUGCCAAGUCCGAAUAUGCCGGAAAUGAUUCAGACUGGCGGAAAUCUCCGGGAGGUUCCAACGAGAUUCACACCAGAGAUGAUCCCGUGAAUGAUCCACCGAAAGGCCCCGGAGAAGGCGAUGGGGGUGACACCGAUUCUAGGCCCAAUAUUUUAUUAGGACGGAUCACCGAAUUUGACAGUCCACUGACUUUUGAGGGCUCUCUAUUUCACCAAGGCGCUUCUUCUUCGACAGGAGAGAUGCAACUUCCAAAUCCAGGAAAUGGCACUUCUGGCGGCUCUGAACGAUGGGGUCACAUCUAUCAAAAUGAGUUUGACCUGAUUGUGAAGGGAGUGGUGAAAUAUAGCCUACCGCUGAGUGCUCAUAUCCGUAGUGCUACAGUAUCUGGUAGGACUACCGUAAAGCCAAAUUCGGCGAACGAUCCGUCGCACAAGCCGAACAGUACUAUUCUGGGCAUAUAG